CCCUGGCUUGUACCUGGAAGGCGGUAGUCAAGCUCCUCCUUCCAGCCUUCGGGAAAGGCACUGGGCAGCUGUCCCCGACGGGACAGCCACUGGAGCAGAGGAGGAAGGCGUCGGCGUUAGCUACUAGGGAGAAGGCUGGCGGACGUCGUUCUCGGGUCUGAUCUGAAGAUCCUGGUCUCCCGAACGGGCCUGAAAACUCAGGCGCGAGCAUGGCUUUUGGGAAGAGUCAGAAGGAUGCCUUCGUCACCCCCGUGGGCCAUCUGAUCGCAAAAGCUACUUUUGGAGCCUUGCAGACAGAAGAAUGGGGUCAGUUUAUGCAUAUUUGUGACCUUAUCAACACAACUGAGGAAGGACCCAAGGAUGCAGUGAGAGCACUUAGGAAAAGGCUUUCCAAAAACUGUAAUCAUAUGGAGAUUCAUCUUACCUUGUCCCUCCUUGAGAUGUGUAUAAAGAACUGUGGGUCACGUUUCCAAUCUCUGGUAGUGAAACGAGAUUUUUGCAAAGAUAGACUAGUAAAGCUGCUGAAUCCAAAGUUUAACUUACCAGUGGAUCUGCAGGAGAAAAUUUUGACUUUUAUCAUGACCUGGGCCAGGGGAUUUCAGAAUGCUGUGGAUGUGAGUGAAGUCAAGGAGGUUUAUCUGGAGCUUCUUAAGAAAGGAGUUGAAUUUCCAUCCUCAGAGAUCAACAGGAGAACCACUAAGGCUUUGUCUACAAGGAUAUCUUAUAAUUCCUCCCAGCAGUGCCUUUCACAACCCCUCUCCCCAGCUGCAAUAAUAACACUGAUUCCUGAGCAGGUUGGAAAGCUCUACAGUGAACUGGACAUGGUAAAAAUGAAUGUCAGAGUCAUGUCAGCAAUAUUGAAAGAAAAUGUUCCUGGAUCAGAAAACCCAGAUGAUAUGGCGCUUCUGCAGAAGCUCUACAAAACAAGUCGGGCAAUGCAAGAGAGAAUUAUGGAAUUGCUAGCAACUGUGGAGAAUGAAGACGUGAUUACUGAACUCAUACAAAUGAAUGAAAACCUAAAUAAUGUCUUACUGGGACAUGAAAGAUUUUCUAGAAACAGAGUACGUUUCUGGGAGAAUCAGAGAAUCCAAAAUGAACGUGCAGCAGCCGUUGGCAACCAACCAUCUGCUCCUUCCUGUGAUUUGCUUGACCUUGAUUCCUGUCUUCCUGCUGCUGUGCCAAAGCCUAUGAGAACUGACCUUCCCCAAUCUUCAGAGUCGAAUUAUCCACCCCAAAGUGUGAUUGCUCCACAUCCUCAUUCUGCUGUGCCAUCAGUAUACCCUCAACUAAACUCACUUGGUAUUGCGAAUGCUUCACAAUCUUCAUUCUCAACAGAAGCACAAAGGACAUCCCAGGUGAUCCCAAAUGAUCCAAUGUAUGUCAAUGUAAACAAAUGUUUAAAUCCAGAGCCCUUGCAUGCAGCAAACAACCUAAAUAAUGGUAUAGGAAAUAUACCACCAGGAGACAUAUCAAAAACCAACCCACAUCCUCCUUAUUAUGAGCUAAUGGAAUUUGAUCCUUUGGCCCCUUGUGAUCCAACCAAACAUAUUUAUGAAGAAAUUGAUCCACACCUCUUCAAAGCACAGGUUAACAUCAAAUGCUAGAAGCAGAUACCAAUAGCAAGAUUUUAUUUAACAUAAUGGUAGAUUCUGCUGAUUGCUUCAAAAUGUAAAGACAAAAUCUACUCAUUAGGCUGAGAUUUGGGAUAAAGUGAUUUAAGAAGACACUUCAAACCUAAGAUGUGUAUCCUACACACCCUAAAUACACUGUAUUGGGUUCAAUUCAUUAACAAUAUAAGAUUCACUUCUGCAAUCUUUGGAUCAAAAUCUACAAUGGAUACAAUGGAUGUUUUUCAAAAUUUCAUCCUUAUAGCAAAUAUAACACUCAGAAUCUUUCAUCUCAAGCAGGUUACUUUUAUAGAAUCCUUUAAUAAUAAAAGCAACAUCUUUUCCUAUAGGAAGAACUACACUGCAUAUUGCUGAAUAAUUGACUGGUAUCUGAUAGAACUGCUUAUGAUCCCAAUCAAAGAACUUGAGUGUUGGAUCGAUGACUAAUACCUAUAGAGGCCCAAGUACAAUUCCCAACUAUUGAAGACAAGGAGAGAUCUAGCUAUUAAUUAAAUCCUGCAGUCAGAUUUCCUGGUAGGCUGCUUAUUAGGAGAGACCUUAACUGUUUGUCUUUGAUGUUACUUUUUAGUGAAAAAUAAUCACUAACUUCGGAGGUUGAAGUUAGAUUUCCUUGCAGAACAUUUCCUACUCUUCUGAUAGUUAGCCAUUCUAACACUUUCCUCGGUUAUGGAAUGCACUUUAAAUGCAAAAGAAAGUAGGCACAAGCUACUGCAAAACAGAGCAUAUGAAUCGGUAGCAAUUGUGACAUGCUGUAGUAGCAUAGCUUGUUCCACAUUGCCUUACUACAGUUUUAUCUGUUUUCCUAGAUUAUUUCAUUCUCUCUUACAGUGCAGCUAAGCAUGUAUGAAGCAGUAGUUUUCAUAAGUUAUGGAGGUUUGUAUUGGGAACAACUACAGCCCCAAGCACUGCCAAAAUGCAUGGGCCCAGCAAAAUAUAAAACAUGCAUUGUGUGAUAUUUGGAAUGACUUUGAUUACAUUACUGCUGUUACUUUCUGUUAUUCCCAACAAUUCAGGUUACCUUGAAUAACAAUUCCUUGGUCAUGAGGUCAUAUAAAAGAGUGAUUGAAAUAAGUGCCUUUUCUCUCUCUACGUUUCCAGAUCUAGUUUUCAAACUUUUAAUAAAUUGGUACCCUUUAAGUCUUGAGUAAAAUGUAUACCAUUAUUUGUUUUACAAUAGCUGUUAUUAACAUACAAUCCAAGUAAAGAAUAUGGAAUGGAAAACUAAAUUAAAUUUGAAGACAAAUUUUCCCAAA